UUUGUGUGUAAUUUAACCUAAAAUAUUAGUAUUUUGCAGCCUUUUACAAUGUCAAUUAUUGAAAACCUUUAUUUGCAGUUAUAAUCCGAUGUCAAUGCAUAUGUCUGCCUUUUGUCAGAGAGCAAACAGUUGCUGGAAAUGUUUGGUAUAUAGGGGAUGGAAUCCUGUCAUGAUGGGCACAACUAGACAACUGUCAACCACUCUUCCUCUUCAGCGAGUAAAAAGGAAGCAAUCUGCAUAUCAGCCAAUAGUUCCACCUUUCUAUUCUUAUGGGUCUACCCAUCGACUUAUGCGGGGUAAAAGUCUCCAACCAGAAAACAACUAUGGCCCAUUGGUGGAUCUGCCAGAUUAUACUUACCUGGAUGGCCGUCCCACUCCAUUGACCCCAGAACAGAGGCAGAAGAAGCAAGAACGUAGAGAAAUGGCUGAACAAGUAAUGCAGUAUAUGCAAGAAAUCGACACUGUGAAAAGAUAUGCGAUCGAAAAGAAACAAAAAGUGUUAGAUGUUGAAAGACACUUGCAAAGUAGAAAGCUUAAACCUAAAUCUUAAUACUUAUGUUGUAUGUUUCUGAAUAUCUAAUAAAACAUUUUAGUAGUUA